CAGACCUUCCGGGAGAAGAGAUCCUCUGAGCAUGCGCCGUGGGACCGCGGGGCUCUCUGGGUAAAAAUGGAUGCUCACGAUCUCUUUCGCCGGCUGGGCGUGGGAGCCAAAUUCGAUGUGAGACGUUUCUCCGCGGAUGCAGCGCGAUUCCAGGUAGGAAAAAGAAAAUAUGACUUUGAUUCUUCAGAGGUGCUGCAGGGACUCGACUUCUUUGGAAACAAGAAGUCUGUCCCAGGUGAGCGCGGAGCAUCAAGAACUCAUCAGGAGCUUCAAGAUGAAGAGAAAAAAGAAGAGAGCCUAACUGAAAGGAAGAGGGAGCAGAACAAGAAAAAGAGGAAGAUGAUAUCAGAAAUUAUUUCUCAAGAAGAAGGUUCUACUAUACAGUGGACAUCGUCUGUGGAAGCAAAGAUUGAAGAUAAAAAAAUUAAAAGAGAAAAUAAACUAACUUCAGGAAAGUUGGAGAAUCUCAGAAAAGAAAAGAUAAACUUCUUCCGGAAUAAACACAAAAUUCAUGUCCAAGGAACUGAUCUUCCUGACCCUAUUGCUACAUUUCAGCAACUUGACCAGGAAUAUAAAAUCAAUUCUCGACUGCUUCAGAACAUUCUAGAUGCAGGCUUCCAAACUCCUACACCAAUCCAAAUGCAAGCCAUUCCAGUUAUGCUUCAUGGUCGAGAACUUCUGGCUUCUGCUCCUACUGGAUCUGGAAAGACUUUGGCUUUUAGUAUUCCCAUUUUGAUGCAACUAAAACAACCCACAAAUAAAGGCUUCAGAGCUCUGAUUAUAUCACCAACACGAGAACUUGCGAACCAGAUUCACAGAGAGUUAGUAAAAAUCUCUGAGGGAACAGGAUUCAGGAUACACAUGAUCCACAAAGCGGCAGUGGCAGCCAAGAAAUUUGGACCUAAAUCAUCAAAGAAGUUUGAUAUUCUUGUGACUACUCCAAAUCGACUAAUCUAUUUAUUAAAGCAGGAUCCUCCAGGAAUAGAUUUAACAAGUGUUGAGUGGCUGGUAGUAGAUGAAUCAGACAAACUGUUUGAAGAUGGCAAAACUGGGUUCAGAGACCAGCUGGCUUCCAUUUUCCUGGCCUGCACAUCCCAUAAGGUCAGAAGAGCUAUGUUCAGUGCAACUUUUGCAUAUGAUGUUGAGCAGUGGUGCAAACUCAACCUGGACAAUGUCAUUACUGUAUCCAUUGGAGCAAGGAAUUCUGCAGUAGAGACCGUAGAACAAGAGCUUCUCUUUGUUGGGUCUGAGACUGGGAAACUUCUGGCCAUGAGAGAACUUGUUAAAAAGGGUUUCAAUCCCCCUGUUCUUGUUUUUGUUCAGUCCAUUGAAAGGGCUAAAGAACUUUUUCAUGAGCUCAUAUAUGAAGGUAUUAAUGUAGAUGUUAUUCAUGCAGACAGAACACAGCAACAGAGAGAUAACACAGUCCACAGCUUCCGAGCUGGAAAAAUCUGGGUUCUUAUUUGUACAGCCUUGCUAGCCAGAGGGAUUGAUUUUAAAGGUGUGAACUUGGUGAUCAACUAUGACUUUCCAACCAGCUCAGUGGAAUAUAUCCACAGGAUAGGUCGAACUGGAAGAGCAGGGCAUAAAGGAAAAGCUGUUACAUUUUUCACUGAAGAUGAUAAACCAUUAUUAAGAAGCGUUGCCAAUGUUAUACAGCAGGCUGGAUGUCCUGUGCCAGAAUACAUAAAAGGUUUCCAAAAACUACUAAGCAAACAAAAGAAAAAGAUGAUUAAGAAGCCAUUGGAAAGGGAGAGCAUUAGUACAACUCCAAAAUAUUUCUUAGAAAAAGCUAAGAAUAAACGGAAAAAGGUCACUGCUCAGAACAGCAAGAAGAAAGUAACUCUUGAAGACAAAAGUUAAAAACAGACUUUUUAAAAGACUAUCGGAAAUGGAGUUUUAUGAUCCCCAGCAAGAAUGUAGUUUUCAUGAAAUACUUUAAAUCCUGUAAUCACCUGUAACAUUUGAAAAUAACUACAAGAAUGUGGGACUGAUGAAAAAGAACCCUAAACUAUGAAUGCAUCAUGUCAUAUUUCGAUUUGUAGGUGACUUUUAAAUGAUCAGUGGAAAUCACAAUGGAAAUAACAUUCAUUGACAUUUCUGUGGUGUGAAUCCAGAGAGAUACUUCUUAUAGAAGAACACAAGCUUAUGCUAAAAUUAACAACACCCAAAUGUGGUGAACUCUUAAGGAUUUUUCCCUUCAGUGUGAAGGAAGGUGUGAUGUAUGCUGUGGAGAGGCAUCUGGAACCAAAUUUCAAAAUAAAGCCUUGAGAUUGCAUGCCCCUUUUCACCACCACCACCCAUCAUCGCACCACCCUCACCUUUUUUUUUCUUUUUUUUUUUUAGAUGAACAAGAAGCAGCACAGGCUGUCUACCAAGAAGAGAUCUAUUGUUCUCUUUACUAUUUCUUAAUUUGUUGGUGACCUUUUGUGGUAUGAGCCACAACAAAAAGCCUCCUCUGUGGCUGGUUAUUCAGGUUCCCUAGGAUUUUAAAUUAUUUGGUCUAUAUUAAAUAUCCUUAUACUCCACUGGACAGCUCGUACCUUACCUGUCAUAAUGUUGCAAUUACAAGAUUAUGGUCAGCCUCUCCCUUUCUUACUUCCAUUUUCCAUCAUCUAAUCAUGCUCUUUCCUGUCUCUUUCCAUUCAAAAUGACUUUGCUAGAAAACUGAUAAACACUUUAUCCUGAUAAGGAAGAAUGUUCCUGUUACUUGAUAGACCUGUGGCUGCAUUCUCUUACAGCUUGUCUUUCCAAAGACUUUAGGGCCCUGCAUCCAUUUAUUAAACAGGUCUCUGCCAGAUGUAAAGAAUUAAGAUUAUACAGUGAUGGAGUCUAUUCACUAUUAGCAGAUUUUUCUUAGUUGCUAGUUUUAUACAGUUGGAAUAAAAAAUUGACUUCAUACAUGUAAGGAUUAAUUAAACUUAUUAAUUUCCUUUA